AUGCACGCCGUGGCAGGGCGGAAGUUUGGCGAGGAGGAAGCCGGCCUCCUUGGCAACGGUCAGGAGCAGUUUGGCCCCGCGACGGUUGGUGAGGACGGUGCGGCCCUGUUGCAACUCGGCGACCGUGCGCGUGACGAGGGCGACGAGCGCAUCAAGGCUCCGCGGAUUCUGCAGCAACUCGGCGCCCGGGUCACAGGGCAGCGGGCAGUCGGGCGGGAGCGCGGCCGCGGCGCAAAAAGCACAGGCCGGCGCCGUUACGCUGACUGGACGUAG